AUGGGUCGACAGUCUCACAUUGCCCGCCUAGCUCUGGGAAGAUCACCUUUCGGUCCUCCGGUGGAAGAUGAGAAUGGAGAAUUCAUCCUGGGACCAAAUGUGCAACAUAAUACAGACCAGAACUAUGUUCAGCAAUUUGACGAUCGGGGUCAUCCGAGGAAUCCCGCCUCCGAGACAUCGAGGAGGCGACUUCUUCGAGCCCAAAACGAAGCUCUGUCCACGGUCGGUGUCGUCGUUCGCAAAGCACAAAAGCAACGAUCUUCAUGGCAAACCAUGAAUGACAUGCAGAGAUACCGACUUCUCCUGGACGAACAUGCCACAGGAGCAUACUGCGAGAUCGUCGAGACUAUCCUUCAGAACAUGGCUACUCACUGGAUACUCAACUUUCGCCGACGCCUUCUUACCUUCAAGUCCUACUUGGGGCUGACCGUACCUCAGAUGCUAUUCUCUGAAUGGAACGCCAUGGGCCCCAGUGCUUUUCUCUUUGCUGGUUUCGUCCCUGCCACGAUUGCGAGGAUCAGCCAACUGCUUAGAGUCGCAAUACUAGAAGAUGAGAGAGUAUCCAAGUCAACGCCCCCGUCUAGACUUUUCAAUCUAUCGGAUAUUGGCAGGAGACUUCGCAGGUCAAGCCUACAAGUCCUCUGGUUUGUCUUUGAAUACCCAUUCCAUAUCUAUUCCGUCUUACAAUCAUUAUACCUUAUUCCUUUCAACCCAUCGCCCUCCCUGUCUGCGUUAAUACCAUUCAGCAACCAUUCUCCCAUUCAGAUGUCGACGCACGUGCCAGACUGGUCUUGGAGGUCCUUCACCUCAUUAGGAGUGAAGACCAUUUCCAGCCCCUUUGCCUUGGCUCUAAUCCGAGACAUAAUUGGCAACUAUAUCUUUAAAAAGGUCUAUGUUGUGGUUCGCCAACUUGUGGUCAAACCCGACCGGCCGGAUCGCAUAUCGCUACAAAGUGCUAGAAAUCUGAACACUGAAACAGCAUCCCUCGAAUUGGAAGAGGCCAUUUUUGGCGAGUCCACCAAAGCAGGUCAGCGGACCAUGAGAGAAACCAUCCAAGCAAUAAUUCCAGUCUCGUUAUGGUUUUGGGUCAGGAUCAUCCAGACGCAAAGAGUCCCCUUAGCAGUCGAGCUAAGCCCAAAUAUCGAGAGAGAGUUGCUCGGGCGGAGUGCCAUGCACUACCGAACAUUAUAUCGAGAGAAUCGCGAGCUUGAUCUCAGACGAGCCACGAGGACCCUUCGAGUCAUGGCUAUUCGUUCCGCCUUUCACGACUUCAAUUUGGAUCCGGAUCACUCGAUGAUUGACAUCUUCGAACUAGCGGACGAUGUAAGCUUUUUGGCGUCGAGCCCAGCAUCUACCUCGACACCAGAACCAUACUUCCCCGACGUAGUGACAGCCCCCGCCAAUGCGAGCGAGUUUCAAGGCGAUGCCGAGUUUGUGCUUUUUUCAGGAGUGGGCCAGUCAGGGAAUAGUCAAGUCGCAGACAAUGCGAACGCUGAAGAUCCUGGAUGGGGCGACACGCACGAAGAGACUGACGACAUUGUCGGUCCCCUACCUUUUUCCGGCAGUCCGACGAUAGGGGAACAGAGCUUGCAACCUGCAGUGCCGCUGGAAACCCUUCUUGAGUCGGAUAUUAUCGAGUUAGGCGAGGAACGAACAGCCAGCCCGGUUCCAGCUACAUCGGAGCCAGUGUCUCCUAUCAUUCCAAUUCCAUCGCCGGCCUCUCCGUCACAUCGAACUCCAUCCCCAAUGUCUCCUAUCCCGGGCAUAGCUCGCGCGGCGAGUUUACCGCAUACAACACCAAGGCCUGUGCGCCGUCCGACAGUCAUAGAACAAGACGCACCGGCAAUGAGAGAUGAAAUGCUGCGCCGUCGUCAACAGCACUCGAGAGAUCCACACAGUGCAGACGAGAGUCUUUAUCGCGUUACUAUUCUUUCAAAUCACCCAGCUGAAGCAUUUGCGCAUUAUAUGACCUCGAUCAUCGAGUCGGUUGUCCUACUUCCGCUUGACAUCCUGUUCUUGAGGUCGGUAGCUCGGAGCUUUCUCUCUCGCCAUUCUGGAGAUCAACAAAUGAACAGGGCUGCCUCGCUGCUCGGCGAUGUGUGGCCUCUCGGUUCGGGGCUGGGAGUGCGAGACCUUUCGAUGUCGCAAAGACUGCAAUUCUGGGGCAAUUUCUUCCUUACGAUUGGCAUGCAAGGGUUGGUGAACUUUGUGAUAUGGGGAGUCGGCACUCGGGUAACUUUAAGACUAGGAGAGAGAUUCGGCUGGGGGAACAUAUGA